AUGACUGAGACCUGGGGUCCAUCCGAAGCACAGCUAGCUGCAGCAGCUGCAUAUGAGGUUACCGGAAGCUGGAAUGAUGAAGGUGAUGGUAUCUGCUUCAUGAAUGCUGUGCAGGAUGCCAAUAAUGAAGAUCAGAUGAGCUUUGAUGAGGCCACACAUCCUGAAGAUGAUGGUGAACUCCUUGAUGCUGCUAAGGAUGCUGCAUUGAUGGAUAUGUAUCAUCCCAGUGCGGUAGAUUUUGACUCUGAUAGUCUCUUCAAUGAUGAAGUCAUGCAGACAGUUAGUCAAUCCCCGCGCAAGCAGGUGCUUCACCUCUAG